CUGUUGUUUCUCUCCUCUUCAGGGACCUGGAGCUGGUUUGGACAAUCCUCCGGAGCCUGAGACAACCAGUGCUGCCCAGCCACAGAGGAAACGCUCGAGUAAAGUGUCCAGACACGACACGUCUCUGGUUCUGCUGACUCAGGGUUUCCUGGAGCUGCUGCUGGCGGCUCCUGGCGGCUCUCUGGACCUCAGGCAGGCCGCUACGAGCCUGCAGAUCUGCAAGCGGCGCGUUUACGAUAUCACCAACAUCCUGGGCGGCAUCAAGCUCAUCCAGAAGGAGUCGGCCAACAGGAUCAAGUGGAUAGGGAAGAUUCCGAUCUCUAACUUCCUGUGGAAGAACCAGCAGCGGUCCCAGAGAGAGCUGGACAACCUGAAGCUGGUGGAGGACACAUUGGACGGCCUCAUCAAAAGCUGCGCUCAGCAGCUCUUCGACAUGACGGACGACGUGGACAACUCUGCGUCAGCGUACGUGACCCUGGAGGACGUCAGCGGCCUCGGAGUUCUGCAGGAGCAGACGGUGAUCGUCAUCAAAGCUCCGGAGGAAACCAAACUGGAGAUUCCUGCGCCCAAAGAGGACAGUAUCCAGGUCCACCUGAAGGCAGGGAAGGGUCCCAUCACGGUGGUGACCCGUGAGAUGGGGUCAAUGGACGCCAUGACCUCUGACCUCGGGCGGACGGGAAGCGGCUUCUUUUUAACGCUGGAGGAGAGUCGGGUCAGGACGAGCACACUGAACACAGUGUCUUGAGCCCCGUGCAGAGCGAGCAGCCGGCCACCAGGAGGUGCCAGUUGUCCUCAGGGUUCAGACACACAGGAACCUGGAGAUCCUGAGCAGGUACUCAGGUCUCACAGACUGUGAUUAAACAAACUCACCAGGAGCGUGAUGGAUGAUUCCUCUGAUUUCAAACUGCAGCUGAUUUGAAAUCAGCUCAAAUGGAAACGUUAGAAUCAUCAAAAGUUUUAUAUCAACUCAGCUCUUUUGUUUUAUAUG